UUCUCUCCAAUUCUUUUCAUCCAUCUUAAUAGCAGUAAAAAACAAAACCAAACAAAGAAAAAUACGGCGUGAGAAACCAGUGGAGGGAGGUAAUGGCGACGGAGCUCGAAGAACUCGUCAGCUUCCUAUCUUCUCCAUCACCACAGAUAACAAAGGCCGCCGUUGAUAUAGUUCGCGGAUUAACCGGUUCCGAUGAGGGUUUGCAUUCAUUAGCCAAUCAAGCAAAAGCCUUGAUUCCUGCACUGUCCGGUCUCUUAACCGCACCCAAGGAGGUUUCUGAGGCUGCUGCUGAAGCUCUCGUGAAUCUUUCGCAAAAUUCAAAUCUUGCGGAGGAGAUGGUUCAGUUGAGACUUGUUGAAACGACAAUGGAUGUUUUGUAUAAGCCUGGUUGUUGUGUUACCCGUUUGCUCGUUAUGCUUUUGGUUAAUCUCACUCAACUUGAUGCUGGUACUGUUUCCUUGCUUCAGACUGAUGAUGAGAAGGUGCGUGGAUUAUAUGUUAUGAAGCUUGUGAGAUCAUUUUGUAGAACCACACAUGAGAAUGAUGAUGAUUCUUUUGAACAUGUUGGUUCCAUACUUGUUAACAUCACAAAGCACCAGACAGGGAGGGAGCUUCUACUCGACCCAAAACGGGGUCUCUUGAAGCAGAUAAUUAGACAGUUCGAUUCAAACAGUUCGUUGAGAAAGAAAGGGGUCUCUGGAACUAUUCGCAACUGUUGUUUUGAAGCUGAGAAUCAGCUACAAAAUUUGCUUUUAGUAUCGGAGUUUCUAUGGCCUGCAUUACUUCUUCCAGUAGCCGGCAACAAGAUCUACAGUGAGGAGGACAGAAAGAAAAUGCCACUUGAACUUGGGACUGCACUAUCGAUUGAACGUGAACCAGUUAAUGAUCCUGAAAUUCGCACUCAAGUAUUGGAAGCCAUAUAUUUGAUCUUAUUGCAGGAGGCAGGCCGAAGAGCCUUUUGGUCUGUAAACGGGCCUAGAAUAGUACAAGUUGGUUACGAAGAUGAGGAAGAUCCAAAAGUGAUGGGAGCGUUUGAGCAACUGGGAUCCUUGUUGGUUGGCGGCAGCGGUAUGGAGGAACCAUCCACUGAAACGACAGAGUAGUUACUUUAUUUUUGUUAUAUGUACUCCACACAUAUCUCCAUAACAACUGUAGUGUUUGUGAAGGUCAUUCCAAGUCAAAUUUUCCAUUUUGAAUUUGGAGUUGCCAUUUUUAUGAAACAUGUAAAUUUUGUGACGUAGAAUAGCUUGUCAAAAUUGUUAUACAUGCCGCAGAGUGGCAAAUGCUCUUGAGGGUCCUUCAAUUACUUUUGAAUUUGGAGUUUACCAA